AUGGGAGAUACAACCAGUGAAGCUGAAGAUUUAAGUGAAAUGGCUAAGAAAGCUUAUACGCCGAUGAGGAAUAGAGGUAUAGAACCCGAAUUUGAGAUUCCUAAUUUUUCUUUGAGAAUUUCUCAACACGAAACUGCCAUUGCAGGCUCUUAUGCUGAGAAUCGUUCAAAAAAAAUUAACGAUCCUAGGCGUUCUGCUGAUUAUGUUGAUUCAAAGAGUAAACAACAAGAAAAAGUGAAAAAGGUAUCUAAAUUUUUGGUUACCAAGCACCCUACUGUGGCACCAUCUAUGUGUAGAUACACGAAUGUUAAAUGUAAUCAAUUGGAUGUACAAGCACAGAUUUUUCGGUGCUUUAUGGUCAAAGAACUUAGAGGCAGCACAUAUAGGUGUUUUACAUUUGAAAUAAAUGGUAAAGUUCUGCGUUUCGGCCUUAGAGAAUUUACACUGAUCACUGGGUUAGAUUGUGUCUCUGAUGAAAAUGAUUUUGUUUAUGACAACUCACAACUGAAUAGGCUUAUGGUUGAAUAUUUUGGUAGAAAUAAUGAGAACCAACUGCCAGUUAAAAGACACGAGCUUAUUGAGUGCUUCAACAAGACAGUUUGGGAUGAUAAAGGGGGGGAUGCAGUCAAGAUGGAAAUAUUGUAUUUCAUAAAUACGUGGGUACAUUGUGGUGAGUCAAACUCAACAAACAUACCAAGGAUCCAUUUUGACGUUGUAGAGGACGGGAGAUAUAAUGAGUAUCCUUGGGGUAAAGAGUCGUUUAGAGAGUUGAUUGUAAGCAUCAGGCAGAAAUAUGCUGGUUUUAAGAGAUAUUAUAUGAUUCAUGGGUUGCCACUUGCUAUGCAAGUCUGGUUGUAUGAAUGUUGCUCAAAAGUCACGUCCACCAUUGCAGUUAAGACGGGGAAUUUAGUUCCUAGAAUUUUGAAAUGGCGGACUAUGGAAGAAAAACCAGAAUUCAAGAGAUUGAUGGAUGACAUGUUCAGAGACGACAAAAACCUGUAUGUUCCCAAUGUAGAUGUAUUUUGUUGUUCACAGUCUUGUAUAUUAGAGGAAGUUGUGCCAACACCCCAUGAGUUGGAGACUCUUCAUUUGCCUCCUGUUGCACAUGAUAUACCAGACGUCAAACAUGGAGUUGAUGGUGUACAUGAUACUGAUUUGGUAGACGAUGAUUUUAGUACCACACCACCGCAUAUGUCCAGUGACAAACAACAACAAAGGAGUGCCAAUUUUGAUUCCCCGCGAUGCAAGAAACGGACACAGUUUCCCAUUUCUGUUUCUCCUUCUAAGAAACAACCAUCACAGAAGGAAUCUCGGAUAAAAGGGACAAGGAAACCAGAUGCACCUACAGGACCCGGAACAAAUGAGUUUAAACUGAUAAGGGAAGAGAUUCAGAUUUUCAAGAAAGAAGUGUUUAACUGCAUGGAUAACAACUUCAAAAAGUUGUUAGAUGCAAUAAAGGGCAAUCAACCACCAGAUAAGCUCGCUGAUAGUAAAGCCCCGUCACAUCAACAUGAUGUUGGCAUACAACACUCACAUGAGAAAAGCCAACGUCAUCAUUCUGAUAAAGCGACACCAACUGUCAACGACGUAGUCGAAGACAACAUGGUCGGAGACACAAUGUUGCAAGCUGACUUACAUAUUGAUGGUGGGAUUUCUCGAGGCAAUCAAAGUGAAGGUGCAGUAAAGGUUUCAACCGAAGAGAAUCAAGGUGGCGGUGCAACUUCCGUGCAGAGGAGUCAUCCAGUGGUUGAGGCAGUUGGGUUGCCAAUUAAUGAUCCAGUUUCUAUUGUUGACGUGGAUAAAGAAACGGGAGUUAAAAGUGAUGCACAAACAGAUGGAGUGCCCAUAACACCAAUCCAUUUAAAAUUUGAUGAAUCUCAGCAAUCUGGUGAUAUGGAGAAUGCUAAUGCUGAAUUUACCGCAUCAAAGGAAAUGAUAGCGGACUUACUAGUCAAUUGUCCUUUAGCAUAUGUUAUUUCUCUCGGUCCUUCUCCAGUACCACGAUAUGAUCAAGCCGAUUUGUCAAGUUUAAGGACCCCUCAUAUUCCGAACGAUAACCCGGUAACGAUCUCUCAAUGGAUGAUUCGUGAUUCUCAGGUACCAAUCCAACUUGGAGUACAACCAACAACUGGGCAAAGUUCAACUAAUGAAACUGAACAGCAAGUUGGAGUACAACCGAUUGUUGACCACAGUUCAAGUGAUGAAACCGGACAACAAGUUCCUGUACAACCAAAUACGGGUCAAAGCUCAAGUGAUGAGACUGCACAACUUUCAAACCCUGAAGCACAAAUCAUUGUCCACGUAGGGGCUGCCCGAGAAAGGAAACCAAGCAAAUACAACUUGUCCCCUUACUGUCCCAAUUUCAGCUCAGCGAGUUCUUCUGCCAAAAAUAUCAGUCCUUGCAUUUAUCAGAAAAAACACCCAUUUGUUGAGCACCCUAUCAAUGCCCCGUUAGAUACUUCGUUUCUUCAAGAAUAUCAAAAGUGGCUUGAGAAAGAUCUGUUGAAAUCGCACAACAAAAAGAAACCCAAGGAAAAUCAUUAUAGAAAGAACAUGGAAGGACCGGAUCCUGCUGAUGCCGAACUUCGAUUACAUUUAGGCGUUACAGUCGUAUCCGACAAAAACUGGUUCUACUUGUUAUCUAUGGAUGGGCAAAUUUGGACUGAUGAGAAUUACAUUGCUGAAAUUUACACAUCUUGGGAAAACCCCGAUUCAUCCAGAAGUGUCGCCAGUAAGGAAGAUGAACUGUGUGAGUACAUUAACGGGCACAGGCUAUUGGCUAAUGUACCAUGGUAUACUGUUGAAAACGUACUAAUUCCUAUCAAUGUGAAAGAGGAAAAUCACUGGAUUUUGGUUGUGAUAUCAUUCGCCGACAGGUGCAUCUACGUAUACAACUCAUACCGAGCUGCAGGGCAUGAUGCCGUCGUUAGAGCCGGAAUGAAAAUGGAUUGUGGUAUGUAUGUGGCAGUCUUUGCUAAAUACUUGAGCUCAAGUGAAGUCAUCCCAACUGAAUUCGAUGCAAAGUUACUCCGUAUGAGAUACAGUGCCCUUUUAUGCGACUAUGCAUGGGAUAAGUCAAACAAGAAUGCAUCAAGUGCUAACGAGCAGCCUCCAAGACCAAUUAGACCGACAGUUGAUUACGAUGCAGUUGAUAAAGAGGAUCUUGAUUAG